AUGAAGAUAUUGGUAAUAUCGCUUGUUCUAUAUAGUGGUUGUUUUUUGUUGUUUUUUACGAAUGCGCAAACUACAACAAAUACUGAGUCAAAGUUUGAGAAAUUGAUUUUGUUUGGUGAUUCUUAUUCCGGUAAUGUAUACAAUUUCACGAAUCAUACAUGGCCGCCUUCUCCUUCAUACAAAGGACGUUUUUCUGAUGGCCCAAUUUGGCCGGAUUACUUAAUGGCACGACUAAAUUUGACCAGUGUUGUUAAUCAUGCUUAUGGGUCUGCUACUAUAGAUCAUGAUUUGAUUACAGGUGUAACUGGCCGGAAUGAUAAUAUAACUAUACCGGGAGUAUUUCAGCAAGUCAAAGAAUUUUAUUUUUCACAACACGGAACAGAUUUAAGUAAAUCUUUGGCUUCGAUUUGGAUAGUUGGCAACGAUUACUUUAACUCCAACUAUAGAAUCGAUCCACAAGAAGUAAUAUUAAAAUUAGAACAUUGUAUGGAGCUACUUUAUGAAACAGGAAUUCGAUAUUUUUUAAUACCAAAUCUAUUCAACAGCACGUUACUCCCAGUAUCCAAAUAUUCCAUGAGAACCCCAUCUCAUUCGCAACAGGUCUUGACAAUGCACAACAUCUUAUUACGACAACUAAUCGCGGACUUUAGCACCGUGUAUACAGAUGUGACGAUUUACCCGUUUGAUACAGACUCGUUCCUAAAUUAUUUCAAGGCGUCUUUGGCUGAUAAAAGCGGCAUUGAUAAUUUAGUGAAUGCUUGUUAUGAGGAAAAUGGGAAAAAUUCUUCGGUUUGUUCUAACCCUCGAAAGUAUAUGUUCUGGGAUUGGCUUAAUUUGGAGACCAAAGUUCAUUUUUCGAUAGCUGCUGCUUUUGAGAAAGUUAUUGCAGGUGAAAGCUGGAGAAUGUAA